CACACACUGAGCCCUCCUACCGGCAGACGCACGGGGCUGGCUCAUACGCGGAAGUCUGAGUUCCGCUCAGUCCACUUCGAGGCGGAGAUCGGACGGACCAGAGCCACGCGCGUUUCCAGAGCCGGCUUCACGAGGCGAGGUAAAUCAUGAACAGCAGCUACAGCGUCACCCUGCCUGGUCCUGCCCCCUGGGGCUUCAGACUGCAAGGAGGAAAGGACUUCUGUCUGCCCCUCACCAUCUCACGGCUGACUGAUGGAGGCAAGGCAGCCGAUGCCAAGAUGAGCAUCGGGGACAUCAUUCACUCCAUCAAUGGCGUUUCUACAGACGGCAUGAACCACUUGGAGGCCCAGAACAAGAUUAAAGCCUGCACAGGCAACCUCAGCCUCACUCUACAGAGACCCUCCACCGCUCCACCUACAGCAGAAGCACCCAAGGACCAGCCUCGAGAAAUCAUUAAGCCCGUCCCGAUCUCUCAGCCCGCCCCCAGCGCCACAAACGCCAGCGACAAGCCUUCCACUCAGCCCAGUCCUGCCUACAACAAGACAGCUCGGCCUUUUGGGGGGGGCAGUGGCGGCGCCGUAACGGGUUCUCCCUCUCUGGCUGCCCCCAAAGUAGCCACCAUUCCCUCUGAGUCAUCUGCUUUCACGCCAGCGGCUCCCUCCCAACCACCGCAGCCUCCAUUUCCGCUGAAGUCGAGCAUCGCUACCCCCGACCCAGCACCGGCCACCUCCACCCAUGUUCCCAAACCCAGCCCCGCCCCUCAGUCUGUGUCUUCCUCCUCAUCUAAGUCCUCCUCUCCAGCCAAAGUGGCGGUCCCCUCCUCUCAUCCCAGCGUCCCCCAGUCCUCUGUCUAUAACACCCCUAUUAAGCUAUAUUCCAAUGUAAAUGCUUGUGAGGUGGCUAUGGGACAGAGGCGAGGUCUUUUGGAGAGUCAAGGGUUGACGGAGCUCGUUAAUGGAACUCCUCCUCCAACUAGACCUCGGAGAAAACCUGCCGCGGAGCCUGAUCCUCACACAUCUCCACUAAGUGACGCCAGCAAGAAGCGUGUGAUCGAGGACACGGAGGACUGGCACCCGCGGAGCGGCACCUCCCAGUCCCGUUCCUUCCAAAUCCUGGCCCAGCUCACCGGUACUGAAAACGAACAAGUUCCAGAGAAAACUGGAAAGAGCGAGGCUGUCGAUAAAGCCGCUCCCAUGGUUCACGCCUCCCCUGCAGCUAAAACCAAAACUGCAGCAGCCCCCAGGAACGGCAGCGUGGCCCCCGCCUCCACGUUGAGCCCCGCGCCUCAGAACAAGCCGUCCCACCACCCUGGAGGUUCAUCAGGUUUUCCAAAAGUGGGAGCAUCUCCAUCUUUUGGCAAAGUCACCAAUCCUGCUCCCAGAGGGCCAGACCGUCCCACUCCACAGCCACACCCUGAGGACCUGAACUCCCUGGUGCAGCGGGCUGAGCACAUCCCAGCCGGCACACGCACCCCAGUGUGCAACAAGUGCAACCAGGUCAUCAGAGGCCCGUUCCUUGUGGCGAUGGGCAUGUCGUGGCACUCUGAGGAAUUCAACUGCGCUCACUGCCACUCCUCCCUGGCCAACCGGGGCUUUGUGGAGGAGAAGGGCCAGGUGUACUGUGAGCGCUGCUAUGAGCAGUACCUCGCUCCCACCUGCAACCGUUGCCACCAAAAGAUUCUGGGGGAAGUCAUGAAUGCCCUGAAACAGACCUGGCACGUUUCCUGUUUCACCUGCACGGCCUGCCACCAACCGAUCAGAGGCAACAUGUUUCACAUGGAGGACGGACAGCCGUACUGUGAAAGAGACUACUACAAGCUGUUUGGGACCAACUGCCACGGCUGCGACUUCCCAAUCGAGGCCGGGGACAAAUUCCUGCAGGCUCUAGGAGUCACCUGGCACGACACCUGCUUCGUGUGUGCGGUCUGUUCUACAAAUCUGGAAGGUCAACCGUUCUUCUCCAAAAAGGACAAACCUUUGUGCAAGAAACAUGCCCACACAGUCAACAUCUGACCUUCUGAUGCAUAUGAACGAGAAAACUCUACUGUGUCAGUUUACAGCCAUUCAUUACUCAUUCAGAUGUUAACUAUUUUUAAAAAGGAUCUGGUUGAUCUGUGCGUUCUGGUAGAGUAGCAUUGGGUCAGAGGUUCCACUGUAAGCGCUGUUUUACUCUGUUGCUGUUUUUUUUAGCCCCUCUGCCAGUUGUGUAUCUGUGCAUUAUUGAUUAAUAUGCAUGUGUGCCAGGAUUUGGGUUUCUGCGGGUGGUGUCUUCAAACUCUUUAUGGGCAUUUGGUUUACUGUGAUGACCAACGGAGCUCUAGGGGUCACAUACUGUAUAAGAGACUAAAAUAUGUGGACAGCAAUGCCACAUGCUAGUUUAGACAUAAGGGCUUAUUUAACUGUAGGGAGAGAAUAUUUAUUUCUAAGCAGGAAUAAUUCAGUCAACAUGUUCUGGCAAUAAAUAUACAGUACUUAUCAGCAUAUGGCCCUCAGAAUGAAUACAGUAUGGGAUAUAUUAUUAUUGUUUUUGUUUUAUUAUUAAAUGAUUCCCAGUAAAUUAGUCAUGGGUACAGCUGUGUUACGUUAAACUGUGUACACAUGCUGUUUUAUAGUUUUCAAUCCAAAGAAAUACAGGUUAUAAACUUGAGUCCAGGACAGAUCAGUUAGUGACUAGUUCAGCUUGUACAUUAAAAUACAAUUAAUCUGAGUAAUAUGUUAUGCUAAUAGUUUUUUAUUGAACAUUAAUGAAGCAGGUAGUUUUUAUAUGUUAUUCCAUCAGACCUUUGAAUCAUAUUAUUUUUGCCCCUACUUAAAAUGUUUUUUUUUGUUUGGUAGAAUUUAUUCAAUUAACUUGAAACAGUUUUAAUAUAUAUAUACUGUAUACAGCAAGUCUUUGCACAAUAUCUGUGUAAUAUAAAAAUGCUAUGGAGUUUUUUGUUAGAACUGAGGGAAAUGAACGUGCUGUCGCUGUCAUUCCAAAUAAAAGGGUUCCAACAA